CAAUCAAAUUGCAACUUUAACCGGAAUUUAUUAAGUGAUACUAGGGCAACCGAGAAUAGACCUAAUUCUCUCGGUUCUAGCAUCUAAGUAGUUGAGCAUUCGACAAAUAUGGUGAUUGCAGUACGAUAUCUAAUGGGUGGAAAAUGAAGAGGAAAAGAGAAGAAACACAAAUCGACUCGGUUGAAGCCAUAGCUACCCCUUGUAUCACCACUACUGAUACUGAUAACAACAUCACCAUGGACAUUGUUUGGCAAACGCCUGCUAAUCCUCCUCAUCGUGACGAUUACAUUUUUCAUAAAGGGAGGCGCCAUGUUAAACCUUAUUACUUUGAGUUUAUUUGUCAUGUAAAAAAUCGUUGGGCUGGGAAAACUAUAGUUGAUAUGUUCACUGAGGAAUUUAAAGGGCGACCUCAGGAUUACUAUGUUAGAGCUGUUAAAUGUGGACGAAUUCAGGUUGAAGGAAAAAAUGUCUCAAUUUACUAUAGAGUCAAACCGUCAGAGAAGAUCAGCCACUUUGUGCACAGGCAUGAACCACCGGUUAUGGCCUGGGAUGUCUCAGUUCUGAAGGAAGAGGAAGAUGUGUUAACUGUCUGCAAACCUGCUUCUGUCCCUGUUCAUCCCUGUGGUCAAUAUCGGAAGAAUACAAUAGUUGGAAUUCUUGAAGCAGAACAGGGUUUAGCCCCAUUAUUCCCAAUACAUAGGUUGGAUCGCCUAGUCUCUGGACUUCUGAUAUUAGCUAGGAGCUCUUCUAAGGCUGACACUUUCAGACAGCAGAUUGAAGCAGGGCUUGUGCAUAAACAGUAUAUUGCAAAGGUUGUAGGGGUAUUUCCAGAGGGUGAGCAAGUUGAUGCAAAUGUAAAUUAUGAUGCUCGUGAAGGAAGAAGUUAUGUGGAGGUUGGUGAUGGUUCUUCCGAUAUAAAGCUGAAGGGGAAGGCUGCUUGUACAAAAUUCAAAAGAAUAAAAACCGAUGGAAAAUACAGCGUUGUUUUAUGUGAACCUAUCACUGGACGAACUCAUCAGAUAAGAGUUCAUCUACAGUAUACUGGUCAUCCAAUUGCCAAUGAUAUGCUCUAUCUUGAUGAAUCAGCUGGUAGGCGCUCUACUGCAGGAACAGGUGUUGAUAGAGCUGCUGCUAGAUUGAGGGAUUCUCUUUCAUGGGAAAUAUCCGGAAAUAACGAGGAUUCAGAAGAGGAAUCCGUCAAUAACUUUAGCAAGGAUCCUAUGUGUACUCAUUGCCCAAGUUUGGCUCCUAAUGGGUAUGAUGGGUGUGAGGAAGGUUUAUGGCUACAUUGUAUAAAAUACACAGGUCCCGAUUGGACAUACGAGUGCCCAUACCCAGAUUGGGCUUCACUUGAUUGAUGCAAAGUUUAGUUCUGGUUUCAGAAUUAUUCUCCUGCUCCAAUUCUCAGGGUCGGGCAACUUCCUGUUAGAACAUAUCAAGCUCAUAUUUGUUGCAGUUAGGAUUAUACUCUUGAUACAUUAGAUUGAAUUCCUAAUUUAUAACGAAACUUGAUUAAUUUGAUGUAUGUUUUUUAUCCACUUUCUACUAUAUGCAGAACAUUUUUGGUAAUUAAUCUCUAUUUAGUUUUCUGAUUGAUACA